AUGGAAUCGUGCUCACAGAUUGCGUAUUCCCUCCGCACAGAUUUGCAGACAGUUUACUACCCCACCUCACCAGUCUGCCCCAAAGUUUACCACCCCACUCACCAGUCUGCCCCACAGUUUACCACCCCACUCACCAGUCUGCCCCAAAGUUUACCACCCCACUCACCAGUCUGCCCCAAAGUUUACCACCCCACUCACCAGUCUGCCACAAAGUUUACCACCCCACUCACCAGUCUGCCCCAAAGUUUACCACCCCACUCACCAGUCUGCCCCAAAGUUUACCACCCCACUCACCAGCUGCCCACAGUUUACCACCCCACUCACCAGUCUGCCCCAAAGUUUACCACCCCACUCACCAGUCUGCCCCACAGUUUACCACCCCACUCACCAGUCUGCCCCACAGUUUACCACCCCACUCACCAGUCUGCCCCACAGUUUACCACCCCACUCACCAGUCUGUCCCACAGUUUACCACCCCACUCACCAGUCUGUCCCACAGUUUACCACCCCACUCACCAGUCUGCCCCACAGUUUACCACCCCACUCACCAGUCUGCCCCACUCACCAGUCUGCCCCAAAGUUUACCACCCCACUCACCAGUCUGCCCAAAGUUACCACCCCACUCACCAGUCUGCCCCACUCACCAGUCUGCCCCAAAGUUUACCACCCCACUCACCAGUCUACCCCCAAGUUUACCACCCCACUCACCAGUCUGCCCCACUCACCAGUCUGCCCCACAGUUUACCACCCCACUCACCAGUCUGCCCCACUCACCAUCCACCCCACAGUUUACCCCCACUCACCAGUCUGUCCCACAGUUUACUACCCCACUCACCAGUCUGCCCCACUCACCAGUCUGCCCCAAAGUUUACCAACCCACUCACCAGUCUGCCCCAAAGUUUACCACCCCACUCACCAGUCUGUCCCACAGUUUACCACCCCACUCACCAGUCUGUCCCACAGUUUACUACCCCACUCACCAGUCUGUCCCACAGUUUACCACCCCACUCACCAGUCUGCCCAAAGUUUACCACCCCACUCACCAGUCUGUCCACAGUUUACUACCCCACUCACCAGUCUGUCCACACGUUUACCACCCCACUCACCAGUCUGUCCCACAGUUUACUACCCCACUCACCAGUCUGUCCCACAGUUUACCACCCCACUCACCAGUCUGUCCCACAGUUUACCACCCCACUCACCAGUCUGUCCCACAGUUUACUACCCCACUCACCAGUCUGUCCCACAGUUUACCACCCCACUCACCAGUCUGUCCCACAGUUUACUACCCCACUCACCAGUCUGUCCCACAGUUUACCACCCCACUCACCAGUCUGUCCCACAGUUUACUACCCCACUCACCAGUCUGUCCCACAGUUUACCACCCCACUCACCAGUCUGUCCCACAGUUUACUACCCCACUCACCAGUCUGUCCCACAGUUUACUACCCCACUCACCAGUCUACCCCACUCACCAGUCUGCCCCACAGUUUACCACCCCACUCACCAGUCUACCCCACAGUUUACUGCCUCCAGCUGAGUUGCCGAUGUCCUUCAUGGAGAGCGCCACAUGGUGGAUGA